AGCUUGCUCAUGCAGAGUCAAAGUCAGUUGCUGUGCAGGCCAAUGGCAAAAGUUUGAUCUCGAGAGCACAUUUUCACAGAGCGCAAGAUCCAUUAUCUGUUCCGUCAACUUCCUUGAGGGUUGCCAGCUUUUGCUGCCUUCUCUUUUCUGCUGCAAGCCUAGCAGACUCUCAGGACAAAUUCCUGUUUUUGCUAUUCUUCAAACGGAACAGCGAUGGCAGGCAUACAAUCAGAUCCCUCUGCAGUCGAUACGAGAAGCAGUGCUUCCAAAUUUGACCCUCAGAACGAUUUUGUGAACGUCACGUCAGAGGCCCUGAGCUUGGACGCAGCAUACAAGGCAGUGCACAGUACAGCGGCGGGGGCAAUCACCACAUUCAGUGGGAUCACGCGGGACAACUUCGAUGGGAAAAAGGUAGUGCGACUAGAAUAUGAGGCGUAUGCACCCAUGGCAAUCGCGAAGCUGAAAGACAUCUGCAGUGAAAUCCGCUCCAAGUGGGACGUCUGCAAAAUUGCCAUCUUCCAUCGGACGGGCGUCGUGGAUGUCGGAGAGCCUAGCGUAAUCAUUGCCGUUUCCUCCGUACAUAGAGCGUCGGGCCUAGAAGCAGCGAGGUUUGGCAUAGACGAGUUGAAGGCAACGGUGCCCAUCUGGAAAAAGGAGCUGUACGAAAGCGGGGAUUUGUGGAAAGAGAACAGCGAAUUCAAACCGAAAGCGGCGUCUGGUGAUUGAUGUUCUCCAACGGCAUCUUUCUUGGCCCGGUCAUGGCCUCAAUACCGC